CGCGCGCAGGGGUCUCUCAGGGGCGGGGCCAGGCUCGCUGCUCACCCAAGUGUCAGGUCGCCUUCUUAACGUGAUAUGAGCCCACUUUGUGCUGUGGGGGGAUAUGUCACCUUCGUCCGCCCCUCUUCCCCCCGCGUGUAAAUCCGGCCUCCACUUAUACAGUCCCUUCCUUAGACAAUAUUCAUUAUUUAAGAAUUAUUUUUUUCCAUCUUUUAAGAUGACAGCUCUUCCAGUGUUAGAGGAGGAGCUGGUUUCCAUUGAUGAAGAACUGCAGGUGCUAGAAAUCCAGAUUCAGGAACUAUUGGAAAGACAACAGGAGCUUAUUAAUAAAAAGACGGUGUUAAAGAGAAAAAUAAAACAGUUUUCAGAUGAUUCAGAAGCUGGGGGAAGUGAAACAAAUGAUUCUGCUAAGACUUGGGACAAACAAGAUUUUCCAUGGUCUGAGGUGGUCACAGCUGCACUACAAAGGACCUUUAGACUCCAGAAAUUUAGGUCUCUACAACUUGAAACAAUAAAUGUUACGAUGGCAGGGAAGGAUAUAUUUCUUGUCAUGCCUACAGGUGGCGGAAAGAGUCUGUGCUACCAGUUGCCAGCAGUGUGUUCUGAUGGUUUCACACUUGUGAUCUGUCCUUUGAUCUCACUCAUGGAAGAUCAACUAAUGGUUUUACAGCAGCUGGGAAUAUCGGCAUCUUCAUUGAAUGCUUCAAGUAGCAAGGAACAUGUGAAGUGGGUUCAUGCUGAAAUGUUAGAUAAGAACUCCAAGCUCAAACUCAUUUACGUGACUCCAGAGAAAAUUGCAAAAAGUAAAAUGUUUAUGUCGAAAUUAGAGAAAGCUUAUCAAGCAGGAAGACUUGCUCGUAUUGCUGUGGAUGAGGUUCAUUGUUGUAGUCAGUGGGGACAUGACUUCAGACCUGAUUACAAAUCACUUGGUAUCUUAAAACGGCAAUUUCCAAAAGCUCCAUUAAUUGGAUUGACAGCAACUGCAACAAGUCAUGUUUUAAAGGAUGCCCAGAAAAUUUUGUGUGUUCAGAAAUGCAUUACAUUUACUGCAUCUUUCAACCGGCCUAAUCUUUUCUAUGAAGUUCGGCAAAAGCCUUCAAAUGCUGAGGACUUCAUGGAAGAGAUUGUUAGGAUCAUCCAUGGAAGAUACAAAGGGCUCUCAGGAAUUAUCUACUGCUUCUCCCAGAAGGACUCAGAGCAGGUCACCUUUAGCUUGCAGAAGUUGGGAAUUAAGGCAGGAGCUUACCAUGCAAAUAUGGAUGCUAAGGAUAAGACCUCAAUUCACAGGCAAUGGGCAGCCAAUAAAAUCCAGGUGGUAGUGGCAACCGUUGCAUUUGGUAUGGGAAUCGAUAAAUCUGAUGUGAGGUUUGUAAUUCACCAUUCAAUGAGCAAAUCUAUGGAAAACUACUAUCAAGAGAGUGGGCGUGCAGGUCGCGAUGACCAGAAAGCUGACUGCAUUUUAUAUUAUGGUUUUGGAGAUAUCUUCAGAAUCAGCACAAUGGUUGUGAUGGAGAAUGUAGGGCAACAGAAACUCUAUGAUAUGGUAUCUUACUGCCACAACAUAAGUGGGUGUCGCCGGGUACUGAUAGCUCAUCAUUUUGAUGAAGUGUGGGAUUCUGCAAACUGCAACAAAAUGUGUGAUAACUGCUGUAGAGAGAAAUCAUUUGAGAAAAUGGAUGUAACUGGAUGCUGCAGGGAUCUAAUCAAGAUAUUGGAGCAAGCAGAUAAUAUGAGGGAAAAACUCACCCCACUGAAGUUAAUUGAUGCUUGGCUGGGGAAGGGUUUGUCCAAGUUACGAGUUGCUGAAGUUGUUUCCCCAAAGUUCCCUCGUGAUGAACUGGAGAGGAUUGUUGCUCAUUUAAUACUGCAGCAGUAUCUGAAAGAGGAUUUCAGUUUCACAGCUUUUGCUACAAUAUCCUACCUGAAGAUAGGACCGAAAGCUAACCUGCUGAAAAAUGAAGCGCAUGUCAUUACCAUGCAAGGGAGACUAGACAGGAAAAGUGCAAUCAAGGGAAGGUUCAUAUCAACAGAGAAGAAUUAGAGCAACAGGCUGAUCUGUUGGUGCAAGGUAGACAUCUACCCCCUACUCUAGUUGCUUCAGCUGCAUCCAAUUUCUAAACUCUAUGAGAGGCUGUGGAAUGUUUGGGGAAGUAAACGAAUACAGGAUACACACCCAGCUUCAUCAAAUUUACAUUCCAGUGCAAAAUCUUAACAAUGCUCACAUGCUUUUGUCAGUUACAAUGCACAAGUCUCCUUCAUUUGAUGAUGAUGAUGCUAAAUGUUCCUUGUAAUUUUUAUUGCAUAAUUAUUGCUAAUGAUGCUGACAUUUCAAACAUACAGAAAAGAUAUAACACCUAUUAAAAUGAGGAAAAACUGUGCUUAUACUCAUUUAAAGUUGGAAAUAUACUGAAAGUCAUUAGGCCUGUUUGAACCAGUUAUUUGUUCAGGUGCUGUGAUUUCUGCCAGUAUCAUGAAAGAGACUAUAAUGACAUAAAACAGGGUUGUCCAGCAUCUAAGUGCCUGGGGGCUGCAUGACCCGGGGGCUGAAUGUUACAUGGGCCACACCAGGCAAGGCACGGGCCACGGGCUGCAUGCCAUACAGCCCCUUUCUUUAUCCCAACCUCUGCACUGUGCGCCCACGUGGGCAUCCCCUCCACUACUGCACUGUGUAUGCCCAACAACCAGUGCACCAUGUGGGUAUGAUCCCCCAUGCAGCCUCAGGCUCACCCUCAACUCCCCAUGCAGCACACUGCACUGUCCUACCCCCUCAGGCAAAGGGAGGAAAGGGAAGAUGGAGGAUGGAGGAACCUGGAGCCUCUGGGUGCUGUGGA